CUUUUUUUUCUUGUUGAUAAAAGUAUCAGAAGGAAUCGAACUCGGCGGCGGCGGCGGCGGCGGCGAUGGGCAAGGCGAAGGGAAAGCAGCGGCAGGACGAGUUCUACCACCUCGCCAAGGAGCAGGGGUACCGGAGCCGCGCGGCCUUCAAGCUGCAGCAGCUCGACGACCGCUUCCGGUUCCUCCCGGCGGCGCGCGCCGUGCUUGACCUCUGCGCGGCGCCGGGGGGCUGGAUGCAGGUGGCCGUCGCCCGCGCCCCCGCCGGCGCCUUCGUCGUCGGCGUCGACCUCGUGCCCAUCCGCCCCAUCCGCGGCGCGCACUCCCUCACGGAGGACAUCACCACCACCAAGUGCCGCUCCGCCGUGCGGAGGCUCAUGGACUCCAAGGGGGUCGCCACCUUUGACGUCGUCCUCCACGACGGCUCGCCCAACGUCGGCGGCGCGUGGGCGCAGGAGGCCACCGCGCAGUCCGCGCUCGUCAUCGACGCCGUUCGCCUGGCCACCAUGUUCCUCGCCCCCAAGGGCGCCUUCAUUACCAAGGUCUUCAGGUCUCAGGAUUACAGCGCCAUCAUGUUCUGCCUGAAGCAGCUGUUUGAUAAGGUCGAGGUGACCAAACCUAGAGCGAGCCGGGGCACAUCGGCUGAAAUUUACAUCAUCUGUCUGAAGUACAAAGCCCCUGCAAAGAUUCAACCAGAGCUUCUUGAUAUCAAGCACCUGUUCAGUGUGGAUCCAGAGAAGAGCAUGCCUACGGAUGUGCUUGAUCCUAAGAGUGCCAAGAAGAGAACCCGUGGCGGGUAUGCGCCUGGAGUCACGGUACUGGAGAAAGUUGGUCUGGCAUCAGAUUUUAUAUGGUCCGAAGUGCAGAAACCACGGGAUUUCCUCGGUUCUUUUACUAAGAUUUCAUUUGAUGAUCCUGCAUCUCUGCCUAUCAAGAACCAUGAGCUCACCACAGAUGAGGUCAAAUACCUUUGUGAGGAUUUGCAGGUGCUGGAUAAAAAUAGCUUCAAGCAUAUCUUGAAGUGGCGCACACGCAUAAGGAAAGCGCUGCCAUCAUCUUCGCAGGUUACACCAAAGGUCAAAGAUGAUGUUCAGCUUUUACAAGAAAUGGAAGAAAUGGAUUCGGAUGAAGAACACCAACUGGAGGAGAUGCUCGAUGAAGCUUAUGAGCGUUAUGUGACAAAAAAGGUUGGGAAAGUAAAACAAGAACACAAACGUGCGAAGCAAAUCAAUCCUGAUGCUGAUGCAGAUUUGUUAGAGGGAGGUGAAGACGAUGGUGGCAACGAUGGCAUCGAUCAAGGUUCUGACAAAGAUCAAGAUCAAGAGACCAAACCCCUUUUAUUAUGUCUAGAUACAGAGAAGCCAGCGGAAGAGCAGGAUGUUAAAGCAGUGGUUCAGUCAGAAUAUGUUCACAGAAGCAGGAAGAAGGGGAAGGGUGGCAAAGGAGGCGCCAAAGGGGGGAAGGGAUGAAGGGUUCCGCCGGCCAGAAGAAAUGAGGCAUGUGAGGGAAAGCUGAGAAGUUUUUUUUUUUGACUAUACACAGUAGGGCAAAAAACCCACUGCAAUUUUUAUGUGAGAAGUUCAGCAGCAGAGUUAGUUUCGCAAGGCAUUGAGUCAAGUUAGUUUCGCAAGGCAUGGAUGAAUAACAGGCAUUAUGUGAGAUCAGAGCAUUUAUGUGCUUUUUGGUACUUCUCUGUGAUGUUGAAAACAGAUAAUUAGCCGAUGUAGUCCAUUCUAUUAAACCAUGUGGACAACUGAGGCAUUUGUCUGAGAGAACAUUUGCUCCAUCAAUUUCUUUCCUCCUUUUUUCCCACUCCUUUUCGUAUAAUUGUGUCACUGGCAUAAUGAUGAAGACAAUUGGUGUCCAAUCUAUUUGAUGAUAAAUUGCUCCUA